GGAAGUCAUAUGUUUUACUCUGGCAAGCUUAACAUUUUGAGCUAACGCUUCCCUAUUUCUGCUUUAACAACACGCUCACUAGCACCGACACCGUCUCGGAAUUAAGAAACAUCCAAAGGGUGUUUUAGGAGCAGAUAAUAUUCAAAUACCACAAGUUGACUUUCAGAAAUUUCAGGGGAAAUAUAACGUUUUAUUCGUUUAGUAAUUCUUUCUGCGUCAGCGGAUAAGAAAGUGUAUCAUCCGCCCUCGAAGAAGUAGCUUAACGUUAGCUAACCGUUAGCUUGUGACGUAGUUAGCUAAACUAGCUAACUUAGCCGCGGAGGAAUUUCACAGCCUGUUUAUGUUGUCGCCAGUUCGACACAAUGUUGGACGGAUCUCCGGCUCACGGUGACGAUACAAACAUCGGUAAUGUCGAAAACAACAACCCGAGAUCGUUGAUUAGCAGCGAUGGGGUGAGCAAGACGAGACAGGCGCUGCGGAAGAAAGGAGGGAGGAAGCUGCGGUCGACAGCGCCGCCGCAUCACCAGAAACCUCCGAGAAACAGUCCCAACAUCCGGCUGUCAGACCACAACAACAACAACACGUUACCUGCUAACAGAGCCGCAGCACAGCCCGGUACCGAUCCGCCUCCCGGUACACAGGCCGUGCUGACCCUCCAUCAUCUCAACCACAACCACGGACCCGGGACAGAGCUGAAAUCCAAAGGCGGCAGGUCGGAGCCAGGUGCCCCGCAGCCAGGUGGCCAACCCGCCCGCAGCCAGCCCCGACACGACCGACUCCCCCAGCACGCGGUCACGCGAAGCCACAAGCCCAAGCAGGGCCAGACCCCCGGAGCCCCCCGCUCCACCAAGAGGAAAGAGACCGGCAGCCCGAGCAAGCCCCACCCUCGCCACCAGCCUCCGCCCCGAGAGCAGAAACCACCCCUCCACGCCUCGGACGCUGGGACCACCGCCGACACGCCGCCCGCUGAAGCUGCGCCUGAAAACCUCAAAGAUGGAGAGAAGGUUUACGCCGGAGCCAAGUUCAGCGAGCCGCCGUCGCCGAGCGUCUUGCCCAAACCGCCCAGUCACUGGGUCGGAGAGGAGGAGCCUCACCGGAGCAGCCGAAGCCGAGAGCAGAUGACUGUUCACCUCAAGUCGCUGCUGAAGGUCCAGGUUAAAUCAUGACCACUGUCUAUCAGAUAUAAUGCUAUCGGAUCCACGCUGAAUGCCAACAAUUGGAAAAUAGGCAUCCAUGCAAAUUGAGUUUGGCCUUCAACACGCUGAAAUACAAUGUAGGGAGUUUUUAUUAACUGUAGUACAAUUUCUCAUAAUUCAACAUGCUGCCUGUUGCUGGAGAUCUGACCAACAUGCUGUUUUCUGCCUUCAUUGUCGGCAGCGUAAAAGAGAAAAAUAAUUUAGGUGAUUUGACUUUGUGUUUUAGGAAGUCAGAGUCGUCUCCAGCAGCAACCCGAUCAGCUCCUCAUGGUUACUUUGUGCAAAGUGAUGGCGGCACUUUCUUUAACUUCAGCUAUUGCUAAAGUCCUUUAGCUUUAGCUAAUGAAAAGGCAGUUGGGUGGUGUUUUUUUUCUAGCGCUUGUGCAAAUGUACAUAAUAUAUUGUAAACAUAUAUGUGUGUAUAUUUCUCCUUGUUAUUUUUAACUGAGAUUCUAGUUUUGUUACUGAGGUUUUUCCAAAAAAAAAAAAAAAUA